AAGCAACAAGUACUGCAGCAGCAGCCAGUAAAAAUCACUGUAAGUCACUGCAAGCUUUGGAGAAUGAAAAGAAAAAGAAAAGAAAAAAAAGCAUCCGAAGCUCCCAUUUGCCCUAAAAUUAAACAAAUCAAAAUCAAAUAAAUUAUACACUAAUGACAAUUAGGGUGAUGACGUGGAUUUCCCAUUUAUGCAAACAAUAACAACUCACUCACAAGUCACAACUCUCAAUCAAAUCUCUCUUAAGCACUGCAACAACCAACGGUCCAGAUUCACUCCACAGUUUCUGGCUCCUCUUUAUCUUCCCCUCCUUCACUUCGCUCUAGGCCUUCCUCUCCCUUUACCUCUCUCUCUCUCUCUCUCUCUCUCUCUCUCUCGAUAGCAGUUGUGGCCUUGUGGGUUGUUAGAGAAAGCAACAGAGAAGAGAAAAAAUGUUGUUGGGGAAGAGACCAAGGCCUCCAAUGAAGAGGACCACAAGCAUGUCAGAGAUCACCUUUGAUCUGAACACCAUCAGUACUGAGGCAGCUCAAUCUCAACCGUCCGAUCCUAACAACCCUUUUAACCCUUUGGCUUUCUGGGGUGGUGGCGGUGGUGGAGGUGGGCUUGAUGGGUUGGAUCAAAGGCUCAUGAUGAAGAUGGCCUCACCAUCACCAUCAUCACCAUCACCAGGAAGCCACAGAAGGAACUCGGCUGAUUUUGUAGAGACUGCCCACUUCUUGAGGGCUUGUGGGCUCUGCAAACGCCGCCUUGUUCCUGGCCGUGAUAUUUACAUGUACAGAGGUGACACUGCUUUCUGCAGCCUAGAGUGCCGGCAGCAACAGAUGAACCUUGACGAGAGGAAUGACAAGUGUUCUUCCACCGCCGGACGCCAAGUCUCCACCAAAGGCGAAACCGUCGCCGCCUUGUAGAGUCGGCCGUCAACCCGGAACACAGCACCAUGUUUGCGAGCUUUGCUCAUAUGAAUAUAUAAAUAGGUUUUGGGGGGGUUGGUUUUAGGUACGUUGCAUGAAAAUGGGAAAACCUUGAAGCCUUGAGUCUUCAUUAAUUAUGUGCUUGUUUCAAGCAAAAUUAACUUCAUCUUCAUGGUUUCCUCUCUCUUGUUUUGUUUUAGGUAGUAAUGGAAGUAAAUUGCAAAUUUACAGAGUUAAUUUAAUCUUCCUUUAGUAUAUUAUAUCUCUCUUCUUCUUCUUUUUCUUCUCUCUCUUUUCUGGGUUUUUAUCGGCAUAUACAUGUUAUGUUUAUGUAAUAUAUAUAUACAUAUAUGUAAAUGUACGAGUGGUGCUGCAAUUUAGUGAGUAAAUCGAUGCAUGUAUGGCCUUUUUGAGGCUUGAGUUUGGAUGGUA